AUGGACCCAAAUAACGAAAAUAACGAAAACAAUAAUAAUAUUAUAUUUGGUUUACACAAUAAUAGUAUUAAUAAUAAUAAUAAUGUAAAUAAUGUUAAAAAAAAUGAUGAUGAAAGAAUUUUAUUCAUAUUUAAAAAGAAAGGACCAACUGAUUUUAGUAAAGAAUGUACAACAUGUCAUCGUUUUAGUGGUACUAUUAUUGGGGCUUCAGGAAUCUACAGUUUUUAUUUAACAAAGAAAUAUCCAGAAAACAAGAGAUGGUUAAGUUUUGUUGGUUUUACUACAUUAUCAUUUGGCUUAUAUUGGGGUUGGAUAGAUAGAUAUGUCAAUCCAGAAAACUAUAUAGAUUAA